AAUACAUUGACAGUCAGUCUGUAUAUAAAAGUGAGAUUCGCUGCGAAACCGGCUUUUAGUCAAUAAAUCCCUUCAUCUUAACCACAAUUAAGCCAAUUGUCACUCAUUUGAACAAACAUUUCAUACAUUAAUCACUCAUUUCUCACGAAAACCACAGAGAAAUGCAUUCAUUUAAAGAUUUAGUGAAAGUCUUGUCAAUAGUUAUCGUAAGUCUGAGCCAAACGUGUCACUCCCUGUACGACAAGAAGUCAGAUGUGAUUGAAUUGAAUCCAACGAACUUCGAGAGCAAAGUGAUUGACUCGACAGACAUCUGGAUCGUCGAGUUCUUCGCGCCCUGGUGUGGACACUGCAAGGCAUUGGUUCCCGAGUACACCAAAGCCGCCGCCGCCCUCAAGGGGGUCGUCAAAGUGGGUUCAGUCGACGCCGACGCCCACAACUCGUUGGGCUCGCGGUUCGGCGUCCGCGGCUUCCCUACCAUUAAGAUCUUCGGCGCAAACAAGAAGACUCCGAUCGACUUCAACGGCGCGCGAACGGCGGCCGGACUUAUCGACGCCGCCUUCAAGGAGUUGAGGCGAGUGGUGGACAGUCGAGUGGGCGGAGGCUCUGGUGGCGGCUCUUCGAGCGGAGGCGGCGGUCGAAAGGCUGGCGACAAGAAGGAUGUCGUAGAGCUGACUGACGCCAACUUCGAGGAGAAGGUGCUGAAGAGCGAUGACCUCUGGUUAGUGGAGUUCUUCGCCCCCUGGUGUGGACACUGCAAGAGCUUGGAGCCCAUUUGGGCCGAAGCGGCCACUGAACUCAAGGGCAAAGUAAAGGUGGGCGCUCUGGACGCCACCGCCCACACCAUCACUGCCGGCAAAUACAACAUUAAAGGCUUUCCAACCAUUAAAAUGUUUGCCUCUGGAAAGAAGGACGGGUCAGCCGAGGACUACGACGGCGGGCGCACCACAUCUGAUAUCGUCAACUGGGCUCUCGAUAAGGUGUCUGAGAGCGCGCCUCCACCUGAAGUCAAUCAACUCAUCAAUGAGGACACGUUUAAGGCUUGCGACGGCUUUCAGUUGUGUGUUAUCUCUGUUUUGCCUCAUAUUCUCGACUGUCAGUCAAAGUGUCGAAACGAAUACAUCGAAACUCUUCAAAAAAUUGGUGAUAACUAUAAGAAGAAUAAAUGGGGAUAUCUUUGGAUCGAAGCUAUGGCUCAGCCAGAGGUAGAGGACGCCCUCGAAAUCGGAGGAUUCGGAUACCCGGCGAUGGCUGUCCUCAAUGUCCGCAAAAUGAAGUACUCUCUCCUUCGCGGCUCUUUUAGUUACGACGGAAUCAAUGGUUUUCUUCGAGACUUAAUGUACGGCAGAGGUUCCAGUUCUCCCAUCAGAGGCGCUAAACUUCCAACCAUUCAAACCACGGAGCCCUGGGAUGGCAAGGAUGGACAGAUGCCAGUCGUUGAUGAGGACAUUGGUGUCGAUCACUCGGAGUUAUAAUUACAUUAAUUCAUAAUUUUUAACUUUUCUACAAAUUGUGAUCUUUUCUUCCUUUUUGUUUAGUAUUUCUCAAUUGUCUUAUAUUUAGAAAUAUUAAAAUUAAUUUAAAUAGCUUUCAAUUUUUGUAUAAAUUAUUAAACAAUUGCCAUAAAAAGCAUCCAUUAAUUACAUUUGAG